AUGGUUGGUUUCGAUGCGAAAGAUAAAGAUAAUCUUGAUACAAAAUAUCUUUGUCCUGUUCUUCGAGAUCAAAUGGAAGCUCAUUAUCUAACUGAACAGCAUCAAAAUGCAUUAAUCAAUGCUGCUAGUCAAAGGUCACCAGAAUCAAGUCAAAGACAAACAGAUAUUGUUCCUUGUCGAGGAACAGCAACUGAUAUUCAUGGCUUGACGACAUUUAAUAGAGACAGACACGAUAGAACCAAUACAUCAUCGAAAAACCAAAAUGCACUUCCCACACUGUCAGAAAGCACAUCAAGAGUUCCGCUGUUCACAAAACGUUCGCGCCGUUUUUUAGAAACAGUAGAAAAUGCACAAGAAUUACUCAAUCAAGUUACAAGGUCACCAGGAAAAGAUGCACAAUCCAAAAGGCAAAUAUCGAUUUAUUCAUCGUCAUUUUAUUCAACGCCAGGUGGUUAUAAAAUGAGAGGUUGCCUUUAUUUAAACGGCUGCGAAAACGCUGUUGGUACUCACAUAUCAGUCUUUUUUGUAUUGAUGCGUGGUGAAUGUGAUACAAUUCUCAAGUUUCCUUUCUGUUAUAAAAUCACUUUUGUGUUGUGUGAUCAAACACCGACACAAAGACAUUUUACCCAGUCAUUUCUACCAGAUGUUCAUUCGAGCAGUUUUCAACGACCUCUAUCUGAUAUGAACAAUCCUUAUGGUUUUCCAAAGUUCAUUCCAUUGACAACGAUUCUGCAACAAGGAAAUUCGUAUGUUCGAGAUGACACAUUAUUUAUUAAGAUUAUGGUUGAUUUUGGUGAAAUACAACGAACAUCAUUGCCUCAUGUGUCCAGCUUUAGUUCUAGUAUACUGAUUCCUGCUCCACAAAUAAUAAUAAAUCAAGGAACAAGAAGAACAAUAUCAGAAGAAUCUGAAUUAGCAAUUCAAAAUAAGAAACAUAAAAGUUAA